UUUGGAGCCAAACAUGAAGUUGCGAUUUAGGGGAAUACUAAUCCUUUUCGCAUUGCGACGUUGCAGGGCCAAUUAUAAUAUACGGAAGAUGGAGAAGAUGGUGCAGAUGGUAGAGCCUGAUCCUGUUACUAAGUCCCAGCUGCCUUUAGGGGAUGCCAAGAGUAUUUCCCUUGCUCCAACACAGCGGCAGUCUAUCGGUGGCAUCAACAACUCUACGAGUAACACCUCGAUCCUCGAUGCAGGCGAGCAGAUGAAGAACACCACUAGUCCAGCAGCAUCCGGUCCUGGUUCCCCUUCUGAUAUAUCUGCUACCCCUUUUCAAUCAUCGCCAUCCGCGGUGAAGCAUAUCCGGCGGAGCAAGCGUUCAACUCGGACAAAUUUGCCAUUCGAUUUUCAUACGAAACAUCUACCCUGCGACAUAGAUAUGGGCCUUCAGCUCAUCACCCAUUUGAAUUCUUUCUGCAUUUGGGCAUAUAACAACAGGUAUGCCCAUGAGGGAACCUGGCGAGUCUGGCAGAUGUAUAAGUUGGAAGGAUUCUUUUUUGGUCAGUACUACGAGCGCUUGAAGCGCUACGAAAUCGAUCCCCACGGCUAUGUUUGGCCAAAAGACCCAUAGAUACACUACAAAUGUUUGUAGGGUCAAUAAAAUUAUCCGUUCUUAUUGGAUGGUUGAUUUACGGUUUAGGGCGGUAUUCCUGGGUUAUUUAUGGGAUACCUUUUUCUUAUGUGCCAUUGAGUUAGUU